UAGAUCCUCUCCAUGGUUCUCUGUAGCCACCAUCACAGCGACCACUACUUGCUUCAUUAUAGAACUGUCAAAACCAAUCUAAACCGAUGUGUCAACUCGAACUACAAUGGAUCCAACUUGAGCUAAAAAUACAAACAAAUUUUGCAGUUGACUCAAAAAAUAAAUUUGGCCCAUGCUGAUCCGAGUUAACCCACCUAAACAAUUACAUAACAAAGCCUUAAGUAACCUAAUUUUAUUUUUUUAAGAGUGGCUCUCUCGUCUCUCCCUCUCCGUCACGGCGUCAGCGUCAUUCACUCACUCACUCUCGAGCUCGACGCCGCGACCCACUCAGUCAGUCACUCAGGCACAGCGCCACAAAGAUCCACUCUCCGCCGCGAGCCCGCAACCCACUCACAAACACAGCUCGCCGCCGCGACCCCGUGCCACUGCUUUUCCGCGACCCUGCGCCGCCGCGAACGCUCACCCUCCAUCUUUCCUCACCGUGUUAUUGUGACUGAAAGUGAACGAUUGCUGCUCUCUUUUGGUGUUGUCAUUGAAAGAAUUUGGUAGCUGAGAAGUAAACAUUUAACUGGUUAUACCUCCCUUCAUAGUUCGUGCUACAAUAGGAUGCUUCAUGGUCUGAAGCCAUUAUAAACUCCUUAGAACUUCCUGAACACCUUAGAACUUCCUGAGCCUGAGCUGUACAUACACCUUACUCACAAAUCAAUCUGAUUCAGCCUACUGCCAUAUAUUAGUAAUGAAUCUCUUGUUCAGUGUGAGGUAGACGAAUGAGAGCUUUAGAAUGGAUGGCUCUGGCACUGUGUACCAUUGCCAAAUUUCAGCAACUAAUGGCAAGUAUGGUUAUGUGAUUGGAACUAAAGGCUUGGAGUCAUCCUCUGGUGACCCCAAUGUGUAUACUUUAGUUCUUCUAUAGUUUGCCAUGCCAUGUUGAAACCUUCAUGGAAACUAAGCCGUACAGGUCAACCAUCCGGUGGUGAUUGUGACAAGCCGCAUCAGUGACAUAGCUUCCAUGAUGGUGAUGGCAGACAACAGUCACCUCGACUAUGAUAUCAAAUUAUGGCUUUCUAUCAGUCUGUUAUAAACAAAUGAUACAUAUAUUGCAUAUGGGAUGAUUUAAAUCUGUGAAACCUGUUUCUUUGUUUCUUCAUGAAGCUUCCCCACCCCUCUCUUUUGUAUUUUAUUAGAUAGAUUUGCAAUGGUGAGAGUCUAAGCUUCUUGGACUAAGUAUAUUUUGACUUGUAUAGUGUUUCAAGCAUUUUAUUCUCUCCUAUGUUUUUUUUUUAUCAGCACUCUCCUAUGUGCUUUCCUCAACACUUGUUUGACACUAUCAUAUAUGAAUGCAUGACUUAUUCACUGUUUGAGAACAGGAAAGCUAAAGAACUAGUUUUUCAGAUCAAUUAACUUUGGAAUGAUUGGAAUGAAUAUAUACAAUAGGAGUCUGCAAUCAGAAUGAGCAGACAGUUAAAGACUAUACUUGUGGAAGGAUAGUGGAUAUAGUGGUCCUGCAGUCUCCUCUCAUGUCUUGUCCUUCUCUUUGCAUCAAUUUUGAUCAGAAAAACUUGUUCUUUAGCUUUCCUGUUUUCAUAGAUAUGAUAGUUCCCAACAAGUGUUGACGGAAAACACAUUGGAGAGAAUAAAAUGAACGGAACACCUAUAAGUCAAAUCAACCUGGUUGGGCGCAUUUUGCUCUCUUCUCUUUUUCUUUUGAUCCAACUUGCCUGCUAAAGGCGUAGUUGGUUUUGCAAAGGUUGAAAAUAAAAACAAAUGGCGAUUGAUGAUGUAUUUCAUAUCUCUAUCUAUCUGUAACCAAUUAGUAAUUAAAUAUAUUGGCUUCCUUUCCUCUCUGGCUCUGGAAUGAUGUGACUUAGCCAAAUCGGAUAUUCAUGUGCUCCAUGUGGCAACAAACAUAUUUUUAAAGCUUGCUCUCAUAGUAAAACUAAAGCAUGUGGCAAGCUUUGAUUGAUGUUGAUGACCCUCAUGUUGAAGCGCAUUUCCCUGAUGAUAAACAAGGAGAUUGGUUGUUUCCUGACCAGAACCACAAUAAUUUUGUUUCUCCAGAGUAGGGAAAGGUUCUAUUUGAAAAUUUGGCUGUCGUCUUCAUUAUCAAUCUGUCACAUUUGCACGUGCAAUAUGCUUAUUCUGCUUUGCAUUCUCCACAUCAUCUUGAAUGGCCCAACUCUCUGCCUUGGGAAUAAGGUUGAGGACAAAAUUUUGAAAGUUGGAGAAGAGCUUUGGAGAGAAACUUUGCCAUUACAAGGUGGCUCUUGCUUUUAUCAAUUACAGGGUCUAAAACCCCACACGUGGUAUGAAGUGAAGAUAUCAUAUCCAGCUUCUAUACCUGCUAGCUUUUCCAUACAACUGAAGAGAAACAAGUCAGAUGUGGUGCUGAACAAUAACAGGAGAUUGCUCAACACUGAAAAGCUAAUUUUUAAGACCAAUAGCAAUCAGGAUGAAUUCCUGUUAGUAUUAGUAACUGUGGAGCCAGAGGGGUUUCCUGCAAAACUGCAUGUAGCAGAGAGGCAAUUUAUUAUCUUCAAUAUAGUAUGUGAUGAACUAUUAUUAGGCAUACCCCACAAAGCUUGGUGGGUAGUGGCACUGGCUUUACUCUGUCUAGGAAUUGCUUUCAUCGUGCCUUCUUUUCUUCCAUUGCAUUUGCUACCAAAGAACCAAGUCUUGAGGACAGAUGAUUAUGUUUCUAAAAUUUCUUGAUAAGCCUCCAAGAAGACAUAUUUUUUUAAGGCAAAUGUUAGUUGUUAAUUGUUAGUUUUAUGAACCUCCAAGAAGAUAAAGUGAUUGUAUAAUUGUUUGUCUCAAAUGCGGUGAGGCAUGCUUGCAUAUGACGUUGGCUUUGUCAAUAGAAUUUUGGAAGCUACCAUGUGGCUGCUAAUUUUCCAAGUUUUCUAAUAGCAUGUUUGGUUUUGCGUUUCGGAUGUGAUUUUCAGGAACCAAUAGCUUCUACAUUCCAUAUGUGAUUCUUUCAGUCUUCAA